AUGAUGUUUAAUACCUUAUCAUAAGAGACAAAAAAAGAAAAUGGAAAGUAUUAUGAGAAAGUCUGCUGUUCAUAAAUAAUUAAUAGUAAUCUAUUAGUUUUUCAAAAUAGUAAUAAGCUAAAGAUUAUAACUAAGAUUUGA